UCGUCGUCCGUGGGUAGAGGAUGUACAGCAGUGUCGCUUAGGGUGUUGCAAGUUUUAUUAUUAUACAUAAAUGCGACAGCCCUAUCUUGUUUGUGAUUGACUGUUGCACACAGAACAUGUAAUUCAUGAUGCCAGUUUGUGAAUUCGGGAGAGGAAACGAAGGAACAUGAUUAUUGUUCGUAUGCUCACUGAAUUAUGUUUUCUGGGAACUGUUUUACAAAAUUACAUCGGUAAUACAUUAUGUAAAACAACUAAAUAACAAAAUGCAACGCUUGGAAUCGGAGAAUGAAAACGUAAAUUGACGCAACAAACCAGCAUCCCCGGUAUACCUUCUGGCACUGACAUGUCCACGGGUUUAUCUCACUCGUGUUACGAGUCUCCUCAUAGAAAUCCCUGGGUGACGGAAAAGGAUGGCGAGCGCAGUAUCUCGUCUGGUCCUCAGCAAGCCCAGACGGAUGCUCAGUCUGAUAAGCACAAGACCCAAAGCCACGAUUUUGUUUCAGCAUUCCAGUCGAUGCCCUCCCAAAUCUACCAGACGUCUGCUUCUCUAACCACGACAGUUACACCAGUAUCUGUAGGCUCCUGGUCUAGCAACCACGUGCUCUGUAACCAGGAAACUGUUGCUAGCCGUGGGAUUGUGCACCCUCAUUCUGCACAUUCCGUGCACUCUAGCUCUCGUCCAGGACAGUGUAUGCCUGUUACAACUCACUCCAUACCUGGAGCUAUCCAGCAGUCAUGGGUGGAGCCGAAAUUCCUGAGAAAUACACCUGUGCAUCCAGAAAGAAGUGGGUUUGCUGGAAGUGUCCUUAUAGCAGGGGGCAGAAAUGAGAUACCGUGCCCUGGUAUCCAGUCAACCCUUUGCAACCAUCACCAAGCGCAGCAACACUCUUUCCAGCAGACACAGCCAGAUCCCGCCCUGUGUCCUGGGCGGGAGGCAAACACCUGGCGAGGCUUGGCUGGGGCUCCUGGCUGGGAGAGCUCCCGUUGCGAAAAAUGCUACUACUGCUGCUUCCUGACGGCACAGAUGAUUUUCGUCACAGGCAUUGUAGUGGGCUUCUCUCUCCUGGUGGCCGGGGGAGUGUUCCAUCGUCGCCAUGUGGCACAGUUUCAGGUCUUGGUGUACAUCGGCGCCAUGGUUUCACUUGUGUGCGUUCUUCUUCUGGUCAUAUUUUGCGCAAUGGGAAGAGACCGCCGGCCGAGACGCAGCCGGAGAACGUCCCUGCGCUACCUCUCGUGUCCCCAAGUGCUGGUGGAUUGUGAGGUACUUCCGCUCCAAUCGGUUGAUGCAAGUGGCCCUCAGAUGAUGGUGGCCGGGGAGGGUAGCCCUGCAGGGGAGAUGCAGCAAAUUGGGGACAUUGGUGUUGUGAGCCCCUCCAUAUGCUUGGCCAAACCAGUCGAUCAUAAAAGAUUUUAUAUAACGCCAGCCAGUCAUAGAGAAUGUACAUUAGGGACAGGAAACCACAACAUUGCUAACACUGGGUCGGCAAAUCAAAAGGCAUUAGCUUUAAUAGACUCUGACAAUCAUGGGGCACAAGCUAUACCUGUGAUGAGGUCAGAAAUGCCACCUCACUUAGGCCGUACGGAGUAUUCUGUAAAUAGGUAAGUGACAGGAGUAUUGGGUGGGUAUCAAGUAACAAUUCUAAAAAUCCAGUUGAAUAAUAAUUUAAUUGCCAACUUAUUAUGGGAGUUGCCAGAACAUAACAAGAAUCCCAUUCAAUGAAUCGGCUAAAAGAAAAAUGUGUCCGACAAGAAUUAAUGAACCCGUUGUGUUUGGUGGACAAUUUAGACUCGCAAGCAUAAGUUGUAUGGGAAUGUGGAAGUAAUAUUCCUAGGGAUGCAGGCGCUCAUCCCUGCAGGAAAUCGCCAGGCCAUGAUGUCAGGAACAGUGCGACGUACUUUUCAAAGAUUAAGAUUCUGUGGUCUAUGUAAGCUCUUUUAUUCGAAAUUGUUAGACCUACUUACUCGACCUAAUAAAAUGGUAUUCUCAUUCACCUAAGGGCUUUUAUAUCAUACAAGCUAAUGAGAGAUAUCAGAAAUGUUUUAAUGAAUAUGAAGUACAUAUUGACCAGUUGUAGCUAGGGGCUCUUAUAUUUGAAUUUAGUACAGCAUCGUUCCUGAGAUACAUUAAAAUGAUUUAAUCUCUA